CAAUCCGUCUCAUGUUGAGAGAGCUCGGCAUUUAGCCUUGAUACUGUAGACAGCAUAACUAAUAAACCUGAAUUACUAGUACAGUGCUUUUGUUGUAUUCAACUUUUGAGGCGUUAAUGUCAAUUAAACCUAGGUUAAAUGUUUUUAUUAUUGUCAUCUUCAACCUAGAGUGUAACCAGGAAGUGAGUGGGAGCGUGGAGACGAGGGGAUCUUUGGUGUGGAGGAGUGCGCUUCUCAGUGAGUGAUUCUUGAUAAACACUUUCACUUGAAAGUCGCAGCUACAAUGUUUUCUUCAAAGUAGUCAUGGACCACGGGAAGUCGCCUUCUAAGACCCGAGGAUUAUGAUAUUAGUGCUGUAAUGUCUUUGUCAGAAUGAGUAAGGAGAACCUCAGCGACUGGCCCCCUUCCCAGACCUCUACAGAGGAGGAAGAGGAGGAGGAAGAUGAUGGGGAGCCCAAGGUGUGUCAGGUGUGUGGAGAUCGGGCUACAGGCUAUCACUUCAACGCCAUGACAUGUGAGGGCUGCAAGGGAUUCUUCAGGCGUGCCAUGAAGCACCCCACUAAGUUCUGCUGCCCGCGGCAGGGUGUCUGUGUCAUCACCAAGAACAACCGCCGCCAGUGCCAGGCCUGUCGACUCCACAAAUGCCAGUCCAUAGGCAUGCUGAAAGAGUCGUUUGUCUCUGUUGCCAUAGUGAUCAUGUCAAAGGAGGCUGUGGAGAAGAGGAGGAGUCAGAUCAGGAGGAACAGGAAGGUUGAAGAGCCCCCGGUCCUCUCGCCACAACAGGAAGCUGUCAUACAGGAACUGUUCAACGCCCAUGAAAAGACCUUCGACAUCACCUUUUCCCACUUCCAGUUCAGGCCCAUCGACAGAGACCUCAACCCCAUGUCUGUGUGGAACCAGACUGCCAGUGGGCAAAGUGUAAAACAGACUAGAAGAAUGGAUAACUUGUCAUCAUCUUACUCCACAUCCACCUCCACCAGCUUCUCCUCUUCCUCCUGUUCUUUAGAGGAUGAGGAGAAGGACAGGAGUGAUGGAGGGAAGAAUACGGUUUUCACCACUCUGCCCGAUGUAGCUGACCUUACCACCAACAUGGAGGAGAAGAAGGAGGAGGAGAAGGAGAAGAAGGAGGACAGGAGUGAUGGGGGGAAGAAUACGGUUUUCACCACUCUGCCCCACAUAGCUGACCUCACCACCUACAUGAUCCAAAACAUCAUCAACUUUGCCAAAGGACUCCCCUCCUUCAGGGCCCUGGCCAUAGAUGACCAGAUCUCUCUGUUGAAGGGGGCCAUGUUUGAGAUGAUGCAGAUCCGCUUCAACAUGAUGUUCAAUGUCAAGACGGGCAUCUGGGAGUGUGGUCCCCUGACGUACUGCAUGGACGACGCUGUCCGGGCUGGGUUUCAGCGCCACCUGUUGGACCCUCUGAUGCGGUUCCACUACACCCUGAGGAACCUACAGCUGCAGGAGGUGGAGUAUGUUCUCAUGCAGGCCAUCUCCCUCUUCUCUCCAGAUCGUCCGGGUGUGAUCAAUCAUGGUGUGAUUGAUAGUCUGCAGGAGAAGCUGGCUAUUGCGCUGAAGGUCCACAUCGACUCCAAGAGGGCCAAGCCUGAGAAACACCUGCUGUACCCUAAGAUUCUGGCGUGCCUGACGGAGAUGAGGACUAUGAAUGAGGAGUAUACCAAACAGGUUCUACAGAUUCAGGACAUCCAGCCAGGCAACUCAUUUGACCCACUCAUCCUGGAAGUGGUCAGCAAGGACCCCUGAGACAGACACACCAAGACAGGCAGCAGCAGGGAUGCCUAAAUCACUUUCCGUCAGGUUUCAACAAGGACAUCUAGGGAGAAUCUCAAUGACAUGCUCCUUGUGUCCUCUCCUCGACUCCUUCUCAAAACUCAUUGGAUGAAAGAGCCAGAGGUCCCUCCCUUCCGACCUUCUCUUCCUAUGGGUUUUGAGAAGGAGGCGAGAAGAAAGGACGCAAGGAGUAUGUAAUUGAGAAAAGGACCUAAAUCACUCAGACAGGUUAAUCCACUUACCUCAGCCUGAUAUACAGAACGGAUGCCUAAAUAAUUGUGACAGGCUUCAACAGAGACAUGUAAAACUGCCUAUGGGGUGAUUGAAUCAUUUUCCCUCUCAAGAAUAUAGCUUUUAUUUUAUUUUAUUCAAAAUAUAUCAAAAGAGCUAUACGUAGUUUUUUAAUGUGUGCUUGCUUGUAUGUUUUUUUCUUUCAUCAGUCAAUUAUGCAUAUUGCCAACGCAAAAUGAUUGUCAGAGACUCAGACAAUUGUGUUUAAAGCACUAAUGCAAAAUCAUCUUAUACAGGACUGAACGAGGGGAUGUCCCCUAUGGUUCUACAGAGGUUCAAGGAGUGAUUUUGAUUUCUGUGAAAAACACUCUUUGGCUGCUGUAUUUCCUAAAGCUGGUCAAGUGCCUCCUUAAGUGUGAGACAAAAUAAAUCUUGUAUAUAUCAAUUUAUCCUCAUCACAGACAUGUCACAGGUGAAAAGAACAGUACAAUCAGAAUCUACAUGUGAUAUACAUCAUCGUAUAUGUAUUGUUAACGUUACAAAUGAUGCAGGUACUGCCUUAAAUAUUUAUCUUUCUGUGUGCUGUAACACUAGUAGACACACAGGACCUCCAUGGCUAGAACUUAAUGACCUUUGAACUUUGUUUUGACCUACUAGUCCUACCUCCCAUGAGCUCAGGUCUACAAUUCCUUAGGCUUUCCUCCUCCUAUUAGUGUACGGCCACACAAAGAUUUGGUGUCUGAAAUGUUUGGAUUGAGACAAUAGUUUUUCAAUGGACGUCAUCAGCAGCCUGGUCUCGUAGACUAGAUGUAACAUAUUAAAUACGGGACACUCAAAUGACUAUGAUAGGUUACAUUUGGAAUGGUUACAUAAGACAGAUGGAUACUUCAGGAAAAAACAAAAGUAGGGUGAUUGGUGUAUAUCGCAACAGUCUAGUAACCCAAUGGUUGAGAGUUCGAAUCUCAUCAUGGACAAUUUUAGCUAAUUAUCAACCUUUCAACUACUUACUACUUUUUUAGCUACUAUGCAACUACUUAGCAUGUUAGCUAACCCUUCCCCUAUCCUUAAUCUUAACCCUUCCCCUAACCCUUUAACCUAACUCAUAAACUUAACCUUAACCCUAACACCUAGCUAAUAUUAGCCAGCUAGCUAACGUUAGCCAUCUACCUAGAAUUCGUAACAUAUUGUACAGCAUGCAAAUUUGCAGCACAUUGUACGUUUUUCUAAUUUGUAACAUAUUAUACGAAAUGGGUGAUGGACAACCACAAAUGAAUACAUAUCAUACUAAAUGGAGAGUCUCAGAUUUAUGUACAGAAUAAUAGGAAAUACUUUGCGACCAGGUUGGAUAAUGGAUGAUAAUCUGUAAAAAAAACACAAAAAAACCACACAAGAUGUCUGCCUUGCAUGUGUAUGUAACUCAUCCAGAAAACAGUUGAGUAGAAUGGUGAACGCAUUUGCAUUUUCAUGUCUCAACUGAAAAUCUCACUUUUUAAAAGUUCAUAUUCUGUUAACUCAUGCAUCAUACCCAAAUAAUGGUGUUGACUCAUCCUAUACAAAGCAUAAAUUGGAGAAAAACACUUCAAACGACCCACCUCAAACUUGUAUCUCAAACAGUGUUUGUUUGAGGUGGUCCUAUGUGUCUCAGUCAAUAGAGUAUGGUGUUUACAAGGGUUGUGGGUUUGAUUCCCGCUGGGGCCACCCGUAUGUAAAAUGUAUGCACGCAUGACAUAAGUCGCUUUCGAUUAAAAUGUCUGCUGAAAUUUUUAUAUUAUCAGCAGUCUACUCACA